CUGUCAGUUAGUCCUUUCAAAACAAAACUUCACCAGAAGUAAACACGAGUGCGUGUUUGAGAAAACACAUUUUCCACUAAAAUCCUCGUAAAAUCGAAGAAAAUUUGUGUUCCGCAAUAGCCAACAACUCGCACAGCAUUAGAAUCACAUCGUGAAAAUGGGCAAAAAGAAGUUUAUCGACAAAAAGAAAGCGGUCACAUUCCGAUUGGUGAACCGCAGUCAGCAGGAUCCGCUCUACGUCGACGAAACGGCCCCUCAGCAUGUGCUGGUUCCGAUUUCGGCACCCGGCAAGGGAGAUCCUCGCUCCUUCGCAAGUGCAAUGCGUCCGUCCAGUUCCGCUGGCCAGAUGGACACAGAAAAGCGCAAAAAAGAACAGGCCAAAUUCGGUGUCUACUUCGACGAUGACUACGACUAUCUGCAGCACUUGCGGGAACCCGGCCGCAACGAAGUGUACUGGGAACCGGUGGAACCCGCCAAGACCGCCGGUGCCGAGAAAGUUAGCAUCAAACUGCCCAGCUCGGUGUUUGCUUCGGAGGUGGAAGAGGCGGAAGGUCUCAUGAAGAAGAAGGCACAACAGCGUCCUGGUCCACGACCCGAUUGGGAUCCGGACGUAGUGGCCGCCCUGGAUGAGGACUUCAACUUUGAAGAUCCCAACAAUGAGCUGGAGGAUAACUUUAUGGAACUGGCCAUGGGCGGAGAGGGGGCCGGAGACGAUGAGGAUUUCUUCGACGAAGAAGACGAAGAUGGGGAAUACAGCGACGUUGAUUCUAACGAUGCGGCAAUGUCGGACGACGAUGACGAAGAACGGGACGGAUUGGGACCGUUGGCUUUCGAUCGGGAAGAAACCAAAUCCAGAUUCACAGAGUACUCCAUGAGUAGUAGUGUGAUCAGGAGAAACGAACAGUUGUCGCUGCUCGAUGAUCGGUUCGAGAAGUUCUACGAACAGUACGACGACCCGGAACUGGGCGCCCUGGAUUGCGAAGACAUUGAAGGCCAUGUGGAGAUCAACGAUAGUGUGCUGCUGCAGUAUGCCGAAGAAUAUCGGAAGGAGCGGGACGAGAAGUACGAUGUGGAUUACGAUAAGCAGUGGGACAAAGAAAGAAUCCUCAAGCUGCAUGAAGUGUCAUCGGACGAGGAAGAAAUGGUCGUACUUGAAGUGGAAGAUGAAACCCAGAAGAAGUGGGACUGCGAGAGUAUCCUAUCCACCUACAGUAACUGCUACAACCACCCGAAGCUGAUCGAAGAACCGAAGAAACGCAGAUCCGCAGCCAAGAUCAGCAUCAACCCGAAAACGGGACUCCCGAUGAACACCCUCGGAUCGGACAGCGGCAAACUCACGAUGAAAUCGCUGGCCAAGCACGAACUAGACGCGAGCGCUCCGAAACCCGGUGGACCGAAGUCGCUGUGCGACGGCAGUGUGAUUUCCACCUUGAGUGUCCUAUCAAUCAGACCGAAGGAUGAAACGCUGGAGGAAAAACGAGAACGCAAAAAGCUGCUGAAGGAAUAUCGCGCUGAGCGGAGGAUAGAGCGGAAGGCCAACACCGAGGCGUUCAAGGAGGAGAAGAAACAGCAGGAGAAGAUCCAGAUCAACAAGCGGGCCACGGCGGGCGUACGGAUUGUGUAAUUCGUACGUGUGAUUGAGAAGCGAGGGGCGGCACUUUCUGGUAAGUUUAUUGAAGUAAUACUUCCGGUUGACGGGAGAGAUGUAUGAAUUAAAUGUUUGUAACUAUUUAGAUAAGCUAA